AUGUGGCGGGUCAUCCGGUGGGCACCCCUGUUCUUCUGCCUGCUGCAGAGCGUCCCAGGAAGCUUCCGUCUAGCCCCACCCAGAAAUGUGACGCUGCUCUCCGAGAACUUCACUGUGUACCUGACAUGGCUUCCAGGGCUUGGUAACCCCCCGAACGUGACCUAUUUCGUGACCUACCAAGGCUACCCCAGCUCCGAGCCUUGGCGAAAAGUGGAGCAGUGUGCAGGCACCGAGGCUCUGGUGUGUCCACUGAUGUGCCUGAAGAAACAGGAUCUGUACGGAAAGUUCAGGGGACGAGUGCAGGCGGUGUCUGCGCGUGGCAAGUCCCCACGGGCAGUGUCCCCGUACCUGGAGUACUUUUUUCAAGUGGGGCUGGCCCCGCCCACCCUUGUGCUCACGCGGAUGGAGAAGAUCCUAUGGGUCAAUGCCACCUACCAGCUGCCGCCGUGUGUGCCUUCUCUGGACCUGAAGUAUGACGUGGAAUUCUGGAAGGAGGGCGAGGGACACAAGACCCUGUAUGCUGCCAAUUCAUAUGACCAACCUGUGAAGAUCCCUCUCCCGAAAGGUGCUAACGGACGUCACUGCCUCAGCGCCAGGACCUACUAUCCCCACACUGAGAUCAAAUACAGCCCCUUCUCUGAACCCAGCUGCAUCUUUCUAGAGGACCCAGGGGCCAUCUGGGCUCUCCUGACACUGCUCUUAGUCUUGCCUCUACUGGUAGCAGCUGCUGCAGUGGGUGUGAUCUGGAAGAGACUGGAAGGGGACCGCUGGUUUCAGUGGGUGAAGAGGCCUCAAGCACUGGACUUUACUGAAUACAGAUAUCCGACGGCAGCCUUUCAUCCCAGUGAACCCGAGUUCCCGGAUGACCUGGUCCUCUGUCCCCAGAAAGAACUCACCAUAAGAAUCAGACCAAUCCCUCAAGUCAGAGACCCAGGCACACUACAGGCAGGGCCAGAAGAGGAGAGCACCGAGGAUGACGAUGAGGACACAGAUGACAGUGACAGCCUCCAACCCUACCUGGAACGGCCCCUCUUCGUGAGGGAGAAGCUCCAGACGACGGGGCACUCAGAGGCAGAUGAGUCUGGGGUAGACUCAGGAACGAGCGAAGACGCGUCAACCUGGGACUCUUCAGACAGAAGCUGGUCCAGCAUGGUGAACUCCUCACUUAAGGACGAAGCUGGAUCUUCCAGCUGUUUGGACAAGAAGGAGCCAGACCAAGAGUCUGGUGGGGAUGGGCACCAGGAGGCACUUCCAUGCCUGGCAUUUUCUGAGGACUUGGGCACUGCAGAAGAGCUUCUAAAAGAUGAACUCUUCAGGUGGAACAUUUGGGAUUCCUUAUCCCCAAAGAGAGAUCUGGUUCUUGGGGAGCCCCCAGUUUCUCUUCAGACACUGACUUUCUCCUUGGGCAGCCACCCUGAGGAAGAGGAGGGGGAAGAAGAGGAAGAGGAGGAAGAGGAGGAGGAAGAGGAUGGCUGGGAAUCAGAACCCAAGGGCAGCAUCACCAGCUGCUGGAACACUUCAAGUCUGCAGAGGACUGAGGUCAGGGAUGAGAUGCUGGGAGAUUAUAUGGCCAGGUGAGCUGGCCCUGGUGGCCCAUCCAGUCUGGUAUUGCUACCUCUACUGUACUUCCCAGGGACCAGAGACACCUCCAGGUCUCAAGUCAUGUCCCUUCCUGAGAUAGUCAAGGUCCUGGCCACUAUUUGUGGAUCACCCACAAAUUUGGAUUGAGCUGUAAGAUGUCACCAUUUCCUGUGACCCACUGGCUGUAGGUGACCUGUAAGAGGGGUGGAGCUGUGGUCAGAGACUCUUGACGUCCAGUCUCCCCAUUGUCCCAGGGAAGGCAGACCUUGUGGAACGUCUUCCUUGGACGAAAGGAAACAGGUCAAGCCAGGUGGCUGUGGACCCCAAGGAUAGACAUGCCCUAGUCCAUAAGUCAUGUAUAGCAUUGCACAGAACAGACCUUGGUUCAA